CCGUGACGUUGCAUGUACACGUAGCCUAGUAGGAUGUGUUCAGAUGGUGGCGGUGGCGGUGUGUCACACUCACUGUCCUGCACAUUUGUAAGAAUUGUAUGAUUUUUGGAGGUUUCGGACGUCGGCUUCGCCUGACUUCAGUCCCUUCGGUGACAUCUACUAGAGCCACCUGGUCCUCGGACCUGUAAGCUCCGCAGCCAUGCACCGUCCUCCUGCGACUGGACCUCCAGGAGCCUCGGGCCCUCCUCCGCCCGGGCCCGAUAUGUACCGCAGGACCAGGCCUCACAAGUAUGCAGCGGCAGCAUCAGCCAGUGCCACGAUGCCGCCCGCUACACAACCAAUCACAAACCCUUUUGCUUUUGUUAGAGCUCCUCCCCCUAUGGCCGCAGGUGCGUCCUUGGCUACAGGUGCGCCAAUAGUUGCCGGUGGUUUCCCGACAGUACCCGACAGCAAUCCCCCACCAAUGCAAGCCCCUCCUAACACCAUGUACUCUCAGGCCGGCUUAGGGCUGCCACCACAACCGCUGACACGGGGGGAUGUCCCGGCCCCUCAUUCUGGUCCGCCACCCUCUUCUCUACCCGGGGUGACACUGUUCAACCCUCGCAGUGCAGCAUCCCCCGGUGUCUACCCAGCACCCAGUCCUGUAGGAUAUGCGUCGCCGCAUACUGAACAGGGUUAUUUUAAUUCAACGGAACAGACGCCAUCUAUGGCCGCAGGGCCACCAUCUUUGGCCCCGGUACCAGGUCAGCAGACCCCUUUCAACCAGGAAUUUCAAGGGCAGCCUGUUCCGCAGCCCAUGUUGUUCCAGCCCGUACCUCCCAGCACCUCCUAUUCUCAGUGGGCCCCUGAUCAUGGAAGUCGCCCUCCGUCAGUUCAGAAUUAUUUCCAGCCUACUAGUGACCCUCCGCCACCGGCUUUCAAUUUACCUCCACAGACCCAGAUGUACCCCUCCCACACCCCUUCGCCCCAUCACAACACCCCCACCCCUCCGACACAACCCGCACGUCCCCAGGUUCAAGCUCCUCUUCCUCCCCAGAACCCUGUAAAUGCCCCGGGUUCUCAGUGGCCCGACCCAACAGCACCACAGCAGCAUAAUUCCCACUUCCAAAAUCCAAGCUAUUUCAGUCAGUCAUCUGCCCCCCAGGACUCAUGGUUCAAUACACCUCCACUGGACUCAGGCUACCACCAAAUGGGGACCGGCCAAGCCCAUGCUCACCCCCGGCCUUACUCUGUUGGAGCUCAACAAGCGUCCAACACUGGGCCUGGGCCAAGUUCUGCCCCAGUCCAAGACCCAGGCCCAGUCCAAGUCCCAUACUCCCAGGAGUCUGGUACACUCUCAAUGUUCUUUAAAGACAAUGAUGUGGAAAAUGAAGAAACGCUGGCCGGAGACCGAAACAAAGCAGUGAACGGUAUCACGGGACCCUUGGAGCCUCAGAGCAACCCACAAGCCCAUAGUGUCCACCCAGAUGUUCCUUUGGAUUAUCAGGGACCUCCUCCGGCAGAUAAUUCCCACCUACCCUACAUGAAUGAUGGCAACCCUCAGGCAAGCGCCCAUAUGUCUCAUGAUUCCCAUUACGACCAUGUGGAGAAUUUGGAGUGUGUGCCGAACCAGGAAGUGUUACCCAGUGACAUCCAUGGCAGCCCCGCUGCCGCUGCGGCGCACGUCGCCCCGCAUGAAACCGGCCCUAACCUGGAGACUCCUGAUUCCAUCCAACGGCCGAUUAGAUCUGCCAGUGUGUCAUCCAACUACAGCAACAUGAGCCACGGAAGUGGAAGCGGCACGCGGCGGCAACAGGGAGUCGUCGGCACCUUCAUUCAGCAGGAAAGCCCGCGCCUCGCUGACGAUGUCAACCUCGCUGCUGCCGCUGGCGGCUACUUUGAGCAGAUCGACACUUCUCCAGCUGUUGAUGUGGGUGUGCAACAGAGCCCCCUGGAGCAGAUGUGGCCCACCACGCCUAGCCCCCCCAAACCCACCGGUGUCUUUCAAGCCAGCGCAAACAGCUCUUUUGAACCCGUGCGCUCCCAUGGGGUUGGGGUGCGCCCCGCUGAAGUUGAUACGGCUAACGUGGUCGCCGAAAUGGGUGCCGAUGCCAUCCCGGGCAAUCUGGAGCAGCCGCCGGAUAAUAUGGAAAAUAUCUAUGGCCCCCUGCAUGCUGGGGGGGGUGUCCCUAAUCUGCCACACCCCGCGGUUCACUCUCUCUCUCGACCUUCGUCCCGUGCUUUUGGGGGCAGUCGGCCCUGCGAGAGCCCCGCCACUACUCUGUGGGCUCAGCAUGAUCCCGGGAGCCUGGGCGCCAACAUCCUCCUGGCCCCCGCGGCGCCAACGGUUCUCGCCCCUCUACGAGAGCCCAGCACCGAUGUCAUCCAACCUCCAGAGGAUGGCCCACUGGACCUGCAACCCUCUCAGAGAAUCCAGCCAACUCCCCAGCAACACUCAGAGAACCUAGAGAACCCACCAAAGGUGAGUGAGGCCCAGCCGACCGACCCUCAAGGCACCCGGGGCUACGCUUCUCUCCUUGUGUCCGACGCGCUCGAUCAGCCGGUAUUGAUUGCCCCGCCGGUGUCCAAUUACAGCAUGAUCUCCCCCAGCACGCCCGCUCAAGCAUCCAGUCAAAGUAGCCUCAGGGAAACAACCCCCCCUGUAAGACUUGCCACACAGGAACAACCUCCAAUGACCUCCAAUCACAAUCCAUCGUUUGCCCCCGGAUUCAUAAGCUUCAAUUCUUCUGCCUCUAACCAGGGGCCGCUCAAUCUGACUCGAGACAACACGAAAGCGGCAACACAGGACAACACAACUCCGCCGGUCCGCCCUCCUCUCUCAAGGGGCCAAUCGUUGGCUGGGGACGGCCACUCUUCUCUCCAAGUUAAUCCACAGGCUUCUCUCGCAACUGCCCCUGUCUCCAAUCACAAUCCGCCGUCAAAUUACGAACUGCUUGAUUUUUCUAUGCACCAAUCACAAGCCCAGAACCCAACAUCUGGCCAUCCCUUGUCUCUACACGAGUCGCCGCAGUCUAGUAAUGGAUUUUACCUACAGGUCACCAAAGAUGCUCAGCAGGGGGCAAGAGCCCAAGGGAAUGUGCCUGUCCCUGUCCAGAUGCCGGCCUCUUCAUCUACCCCACAGGUACCCCCAGCCCCCUCCCAAGCUGCUGCGAACAGCCAGCCCCCACCAGCCGAACAUCCCAGGACAUCCGACCCUCGGGCGGCACUGCAGGGACAAAGUGAUGCUCCUCCUGUUCCAGGGAGUGGAGCACAACCCUCUCGGGAACAGUAUCCACCUCCAGCACAGGGGCCUGCUGAAGGGAGGGCUCCCCCACCCACUGCUGCUCACCCCCCAUGGCCAGCAGGACCAGUACAACCAGGGGCUUCUUACCCAGCUGCUGCAGAACCACCUCGACCGCCCUCCGCUGCAGGCAGCCAGCAAGGCUACGGACCCCCUCCUCCAGGGCCAGGAGCGAUGUACGGUGGCUAUUAUGGUAAUUAUGGAGAAUACCCGGAUAGCAGGGCACCAUAUCCACCUGGCCAGUACCCACCUCCGCCUGGCCAGUACCCACCUCCACCACCUGGGGAUCCUAGAGCACAUCAAUAUUAUCAAGAGGGUCCGUACAGGGGCAGAGUAGAUCCGUGGUACGGCCGAUACGACGGGCAGAUCCCACCGGCUCGCGAUCCAAACUACCAGUACAGAGAGCCGCAGCCAGAGAGGCCCAGCUCCAGAGCCAGUCAGUACUCGGACAGGUCCUCAUCCAGGCAAGGCUACCCCGAAGAUUACCAGCGAGCCAACCCAAGUGCCUACAGUGACUAUUAUGCAGAUUACGCCAAACACUAUGAAUAUGGAGGCUACAACUACGGACAAUAUGACCCCCGGUACAGAGAAUACUAUGAUCCCUCCUACUGGGCGAAUUAUGGUGACAGCUACAAAGCCAGAGACAACUUGUAUAAUCAACAGGCGUAUCCUGCCAGGAAAGAGGGCUACGAGGAUCAGUGGCGGUACUACCCCGGCUACGAUGCCAGCUUCGACGAGGACUACCGGCGACGCAGGGAGACGUACGCCGACGACUUUGACCGACGCAGCGUCCACAGCGAGCAGUCGGCACACAGCGCGCACAGCUCUCACAGCCACCACAGCAGGCGGAGCAGCUUCAGCUCGCGGUCGCAGCAGAGCCACGUGUACACAAGCCAGCCCGACUUGGUGUCAGCCGUCUAUGACGAGCCCACAUCAUCCACGCUGGCUGUGGACUACUCCUACGCGCAGUACCCCAACCAGCCUGAUGCCACCCAGAACUACAGCCAGUACCUGUAUCCCUCUGAGUACACGACAGACAGCACCUGGAUCGCCCCCGAUCAGCCUCCUCCGCGUCCUGCAACUCCAGAGAAGUUCACUAUGCCCCACCGUUGUGCCCGCUUUGGACCUGGGGGUCAUCUGGUUCAAGUUCUGCCCAACCUGCCCUCAGCUGGACAGCCUGCUCUCGUUGAUAUCCACAAUUUGGAGACCAUACUGCAGGAUACCCCGGAUCAGGCCGAACUCCGAUCCUUCCCUGGACCGCUUGUUAAGGAGGAGACCCAUAAGGUGGACGUGAUCAAGUUCUCCCAGAACAAAGCGCUGGAGUGUUCCCGUGACAACGACCUCUUGGACAGGGACUCUGCCCGCCUGCUCUGGGAAUUCAUCGUGCUGCUCUGCAGGCAGAACGGGACCGUGGUGGGCACGGACAUCGCCGACCUCCUGCUCAAGGAGCACCGCUCGGUCUGGCUGCCGGGCAAGAGCCCGAACGAAGCCAACUUGAUUGAUUUUAACAACGAACCCCUGGCGCGAGCCGAGGAGGGGCCAGGAGCCGGCCCGCUGUCCCUCCUAUCCGACACCUUCAUGACCGUCCCAGAGAACCUCGGCAAGGAAACCGAACGCUUCCGGGAGCUGCUGCUGUUUGGCCGCAAGAAGGAUGCCCUAGAGGCGGCCAUGAAGGUGGGUCUCUGGGGCCACGCCCUGCUGUUGGCCAGUAAGAUGGACAACAGGACCCAUGCACGUGUCAUGACCAGGUUCGCCAACAGUUUGCCCAUCAACGACCCUCUUCAGACAGUCUACCAGCUGAUGUCCGGGAGGAUGCCUGCAUCAGCCACUUGCUGCGGCGAGGAGAAGUGGGGCGACUGGCGCCCUCACCUGGCCAUGGUGCUGUCUAACCUCACGCACACCCUGGACCUGGACACUCGCACCAUCACCACCAUGGGGGACACCCUCGUAUCCAAGGGGCUGGUCGAUGCCGCUCACUUCUGCUACUUGAUGGCCCAGGUCGGUCUGGGAGUUUUCACGAAGAAAAGCACCAAGAUGGUUCUGAUCGGCUCCAACCACAGUUUGUCCUUUAACCAAUGUGCGACCAAUGAAGCUAUCCAGAGGACUGAGGCCUACGAGUAUGCUCAGUCUCUGGGCUCGCAGCCGUGCUCACUGCCCAAUUUCCAGGUGUUCAAGUUGAUCUAUGCAUGCCGUCUGGCUGAAGCGGGUCUGAGUGCUCAGGCCUUCCACUACUGUGAAGUCAUUUCACGGAAUGUCCUCAUGCAGCCUUCCUAUUACUCUCCUGUUUUCAUAAGCCAAAUUAUACAGAUGUCGGAAAAGCUGCGAUUCUUUGAUCCACAACUGAAGGAGAAGCCGGAGCAGGAGUUGUUCAACGAGCCUGACUGGCUGAUCCACCUCAGGCAGCUGGAUGGACAGAUGAGGACGGGAGUGAUUACAUACAAUGAAGACAGAGCAACUCCUACACAGUACGACUGCAGCAGCCCCAGCUCCGACCUGGACCCGCUGAGUCCAGUGGAACCUUACAGCGUGGCUGCGGAGUUAGACGGCCCCGCCCCCGACAACCCACUAAUGAGCUCUUUGCUGCCCGGGGCGCAACCGCAGGGAGUUCAGCUGAUGCCCCCAGCUCCCACCUCUAUCCUCCGAGACGGGAUGGCACCUCCCCAGCCCACCAGUGAGGUCCCCCAGUUCUACCCGGUACCCCCCAGUGGACCACCAGGCCACAUGGCCUUCUCGGGCUACCCUCCACAGGGUCCCGGCUUUGCCCCUCCGCCCUUUCAACCCCAGCCGGAGCAGGUCGAGAUGUACCCAGGAGCCCAUCAGCAGCCGUGUGGCCCACCUCUUCACGGGGCCCAGACGUCUCCACACGCUCAGCAGCCGCAUUCGCCAGUGCAGAUGAACCCCCAGCCGCAUUCGCCAGUGCAGAUGAACCCCCAGCCGCAUUCGCCAGUGCAGAUGAACCCCCCGCCGCCCCCGAUGCACCAUCACGUGGCCAAUCACGUGAACCAACACAUGCCCUCUUCCCCUGGGCACAUGCCGCCUGCGCAGCAGAUGUCCCACGCGCCGCCCGAGAUGCACGCGGCUCACACCGUAUCCUCCUCCUCCCCACGCAGGAGCUCCUUCACGCCGCAGAUGGACUUCUAUGACCACAUGGCUCACACUGCUCCCGGGAGGAGAUCACGGACGACUUCACAGUCUUCAAUGCAUGUGGCUUCGGGGCGCCGCUCCCGCACCACCUCUGAAUCUUCCACUCACUCUGGCGGAAGAGAGCGGAGCAACUCUGCCAUCAAGCAGGCCUCUCCCCUGCCGCCCUCGAUUCCGGAACAGCCGCCGCGCACGGAGGAGGCCAAGAGAGUCAAGAAGGACUCCCCGAAAAAGGGUGGUGGUAGGGGUGGAGGAGGAGGAGGAGGAGGAGGAGGAGGAGGAGCAGCAGCAGGAGGAGGUGGUUGGCUAAACUGGCUCUAUAGGAAGGGAAAGAACGAGGCUCACUUGCCCGAUGACAAAAACAAAUCUAUUGUCUGGGAUGAAAAUAAGCAGAAAUGGGUCGACUUGAACGAGCCUGAAGAGGAGAGCAAGCCCCUUCCGCCUCCCCCUCCCGGCUUCCCCAAGAUGCCGCACAUGCCUGGUCCCGGAGGGCCUGCCGCACCUCCGAGUGGCGGUCCUCCUGUCAACAUGUUCUCCAGGAGAGCGGGCACAAAGAGCAGGUACGUGGACGUUUUGAACCCCGGUCGGAUCGCUAAACCGGGCGGAUCGGCCCCUCCUCCUGCAGAGAUCUUCGCUCCUUUGGCGCCGAUGUCCAUGCCCGCUAACUUGUUUGUGCCUAGUUCGGCUCCUGGCGAUCAACAACCUCUAGAAGGCAGCGAAGGAGGAAGUCAGGAGCAGAAUUCACCUGCUACACAGAUGUUCAACCCAACGUUGUUACCACCCGCCCCCGAAGGUCCUGCCGUGCCUGAUGGCUCACGAUCCGGGGAGCUCUCGCGUUCUAGCUCAAUGAGUUCUUUAUCACGAGAAGUGAGUCAGCAUUUAAACCAGAGCCCCCCCCAGGAAACGGCACCCGCUGGAGGCGUCACCUUUUAUAACCCCGCACAGUUUGCACAGACAAGUGCGCCAUCGGGAGGCGGACCCCGCUCCGGACGUUUGGGGGGGCAGCGCCAGUACCCAGUGUUGAAAUAAACAUGGUCUUAAAGAGAGGUUGCGUUAACAGACUUGUGAACGAAGCACAUGGACACACUGCUCGAUGCCUGGACCUUUUUGUUUUUGUUUUUACCUGCCCCUAAGAAGAGCAUAAUCAGUGUCCAUCAUGUAGAUCUUUGUCCCACCAGAUAACCACUCUCUUAUCCAUUUCCCUGGCUUGGUAAUUGUCACUGGUGUAUUUUUAACAGGCAUCAGCGUUUUCCUGAAGGGCUUUUAUCCAGCAUCAAAACGGAGCAUUGCGUGAUGUGUUUUGACACACAUUUCAAAUCUAAAACAUGGGUGCAUUCGUACACAUAAUGUGUGUUCAUGUACAAUAAAUUAUGUUGCUCUUCAAAUCUAACACUGUUAACAAAAUGAUCCUGAAAAGUAUCCCUUUGUGUAUAAGGUCCAAAUGUCCCUGUUUGAUCCAUCCAUCCAUCCAUUGAUUGAUUGAUGAGCAGAAAGCGGCAACUUUCAUUUUCACAUUAUGGACUUGUAUGUGCAUUUGCAGCUUUUCAGUGCCCUACUGUCACCUGGAGACGAGAUGUUGUGUCUGCCGUGUUGUUGUCGCCCUCCUGUAAAAGGAAGGAUGUGUCCGAUGAAAAGGGGAAGGGACGCUCGGAGCCGCCUUCACGACCUCAGAGUUGAAGACAGUCUGCAGCGCUCAGAUAUUUAUUUCACUGUCCUCCUGCCCAUCGACAACUCUUUGACUUUUUAAAGCUGUGUCCGGCUUCAGGUUCUCCUUAAGAGAAACGUGACGAUCACUGAAGCGAGUGGAGGCCUUCAGAACAGCAGGAAUUGGGAUUAAAACUGUUUUUAAAAUGUUGCUUAAAAAGAAAUCUAUCCAAAUAUUUGUAUAUCAGAUUGAUUGUAUUUAUGCGCUGUAGGCCGUGUAGAUGUAUGUGAGUGCAUGUGUGUAUGUGUGGAGAGCAACUAUUUUUUUUCUGAUAGCUUCUGACUCCCCAGAAAUGAUGCGGAUGGAUUUACUGAUCAUUUGUAUUGGCCAGACAAAUAAAUCUUUUGAGCACAAUUAACUCAA